AUGGAUGAGAGCUCGUAUUAUAGCGAUUAUACAAGAAUAGAAGAUGUAAGCGACAGGCAACGAUCAAGCAUAAUUAAAGUUAGAUUCAAUAAAUGAGAAAGAGGCUGUAGGUUUCCGAAGACAGGAAUUAUGAAAUUAUUCUAUAAGCAAAAAGAAGCUUAUGUAAAAGAAGCUAACUUUCUAAAAAUGGUUACCUCAUUCCAUCCAAAUACUGUAAAAUACUACCACGACCAAAUCAUUGGAAAAUUUUAUUGUAUAUUCAUGGAGCUAUGCAAGAAUGGUAGUAUAGCAAGCCAAAUCCAGAAUCGAAGGAAUUGGAGCAUUAAAUCAAAAGUAAGGAUUUCGUCUGAAAUAGUUGAAGCCUUAUCAGUCCUUCAUCAAAAAGAGAUAGCCCAUAGAGACAUAAAGCCUGACAAUAUUUUACUUACAGGAAAAGAUGAAAUAAGGCUUGCAGAUUUUGAUUUUAUGAAAGAAAUUCGUGUUAAUCCAAGUCCACACACUGUAGGUGGGACAGUUGAAUAUAUGUCUCCGUUUUUAAGAAAAUUGCAUAAGAUGGGCAUUGAACGAGAAGAAAGGAUUGACCCAUUCAAAGAAGAUGCAUGAUCAACUGGAAAGACUCUAUAUGAAAUAUUUACUUAUAACAGCCCAAAUUCACUUCUUGAAGAGUAUGAAUAUAAUAAAGCAGCAAUUUCAGAAGCAGAAUUAGAAAAUAAUGUAAAAAAAAGGGCCGAACUAGAGAUGAUAAACUGCGGAGUGCAAAGGGAGGUAAUUGAAAUAAUAAAAGAUAUGCUAGCAUUUAACGCAGAAAAUAGAAUCAAAAUGCUAGAAGCAAGUAAGAGAUUUAAAAAUCUUCCACCUGCAAAUGAAGAAACAAAAUCUAUAUCAGAUCCGAGCUGCACUGCUGAAAUUGCCACUAAAAAAGUAGUUGAAGCAAAAUACUUUUUACUGCCAUCUUCUUAUGAAGGUAAGACCGACUCACAAAAUGCUCAGAAAGCAUUAGAAUUUGUGUCUGCAAGCAAUCUUUCCUCCUUUUGCGCAUCAUCAAAUAACCCUCAAGUAAGCGAAGAAAAUAAAAGUUCUCAAGCCAGUGAAGUUUUUGAUGAUUGCAACCUAGAAAUUAAUAGAAUGAAUAUAAGCAACAUUAAAAGCACUACUCUGGAAACAGAAGAAAAUAAAUUUUUUAACCUAGAAAGCAUCAAAAACAUUUAUCAAACCUCAAGUAGGAAUUCUGAAAGUCUUGAGAAUGCAGAAAAUGAAGAAACUAAAAUGUUAUACAAGAAAGGGGAAUGCAUGAAAUUACCUUCAAUUGAGAGAAAAGAAAAUUUUGAAAAUUCUAAUCCAGAAAUAGAAAAAAAUAAUAUUUGCAUUAAUGAAGCUCAACUUUCAUUUGAAGUUGCUAAUUAUAAGAAAUCAUGUGAGAUAUGUAGAAAUGAGCUUAAUAUGCUUUGUGAGCAAUGCUGAGAUGUAGACUUAAUAACCUCUUUUAUAAAAGAAAAGAUUGAUAUUGGGUGCAAGUACUCAGAAAUUACUUGUAUUGGCUGUGAAAAUCAUUUUCCAAAAAAUAUAUUUGAAUGCAGGCUGAAGCAUUUUGGAAUAUUACCUGAUGAUUUUUUUUAA